AUGGGAGUUCCAGCAUUCUUCCGAUGGUUGACAAAAAAGUACCCUGCAACAGUAGUGAAUGCAAAUGAAGAUCGUCAGAGAGGUGUCGAUGGUCGACGGGUACCAGUCGAUUGCACUCAACCAAAUCCGAAUUUUCAAGAAUUCGACAAUCUAUAUCUGGAUAUGAAUGGUAUCAUUCACCCUUGCACACAUCCAGAAGAUCGGCCUGCUCCGAAAAAUGAAGACGAAAUGUUUGCACUCAUUUUCGAGUACAUCGAUCGUAUCUUCUCAAUUGUCAGACCGAGAAGACUUCUCUACAUGGCAAUCGAUGGAGUUGCUCCUCGCGCAAAAAUGAAUCAACAGCGUAGUCGUCGUUUCCGUGCCAGUAAAGAAAUGGCCGAGAAGGCAGCAAGUAUCGAAGAGCAGAGACGCCGUCUCAUCGCAGAAGGAAUUGCCGUUCCUCAAAAGAAAAAAGAUGAAGAAGAAGCUCACUUCGAUAGUAACUGUAUUACCCCAGGAACUCCAUUCAUGGCCAGACUAGCUGAUGCUCUCCGUUAUUAUAUUCAUGACAGAGUCACCAAUGACCCAGCUUGGGCUAACAUUGAGAUUAUCCUCUCCGACGCCAACGUUCCAGGAGAAGGAGAGCACAAGAUCAUGGAUUACAUCAGAAAGCAACGUGGAAAUCCAGCUCACGACCCGAACACUGUUCACUGUCUUUGUGGAGCUGAUGCCGAUCUUAUCAUGCUUGGAAUUGCUACCCAUGAGGCUAAUUUCAAUAUCAUCCGAGAGGAGUUUGUGCCGAAUCAACCACGAGCCUGUGAGCUAUGCGGACAGUAUGGUCAUGAGCUCAAAGAGUGUAGAGGUGCUGAGAAUGAUACAGACCUCGGCGACGAGUAUUGCAAACCAGAGCAACGAGAGAAAAACUUCAUCUUCCUGAGAAUCCCAGUGCUUCGAGAGUAUCUUGAAAAAGAGAUGGCCAUGCCAAAUCUGCCAUUCCAGUUUAAUCUCGAGAGAGCUCUCGAUGAUUGGGUUUUUCUUUGUUUCUUCGUUGGAAACGAUUUCCUGCCUCAUCUCCCAUCUCUUGAAAUUCGUGAAGGAGCCAUUGACCGUCUAAUUAAGCUUUACAAGGAAAUGGUUUACGAAAUGAAGGGUUAUUUGACAAAAGACGGAAUCCCAGAGUUGGAUAGAGUUGAGAUGAUCAUGAGAGGAUUAGGAAAAGUUGAAGAUGAGAUUUUCAAACGACGGCAGCAAGACGAAGAGAGAUUCAAAGAGAAUCAGAAGAACAAGAAGGCAAGAAUGCAGCAGUAUGGAAGAGGCAGAGGAGGUCGCGGUCGUGGUCGCGGACAGCCAGCCUAUGUACCAUCGCAUGGAAUCCUCGCUCCAAUGUCCGCUCCAAUGCAUCAUUCUGGAGAAUCAACGAGACAAAUGGCUUCAGAUGCGAGACAAGCUGCCAUGCAGUUCAACGCUACCAACGACGCCAACGCUCAAGCCGCAGCAAAUCUCAAGGCGUUAUUGAAUGUGAAAGGAGAGCAGUCACCGGCAGAAGUUGCUGCACAAGAAUCGAGGAAGCGUAAGGCUGAGCAACCAAUAAUCAUAACUGAUGAGGAUGAAGAGCCGAAGGAUGACAUCCGUCUCUACGAGUCAGGAUGGAAGGAACGUUAUUAUCGAGCGAAAUUCGAUGUAGGAUCUGAUGACGUGGAUUUCCGACAUCGUGUCGCCUGGGCUUACGUUGAAGGGCUUUGCUGGGUGCUGAGAUAUUAUUACCAAGGAUGUUCCAGCUGGGAUUGGUACUUCCCGUAUCACUAUGCUCCAUUCGCAAGUGACUUCGAGACCGUCGGAGAGUUCAAACCAGACUUCACAAGGCCAACAAAGCCAUUCAACCCUCUGGAGCAACUUAUGAGUGUCUUUCCAGCCGCUUCCAAACAACAUCUACCAGUCGAAUGGCAAAAGCUCAUGACUGAAGAUGAAUCCCCAAUCAUUGAUCUCUAUCCAGCAGACUUCCGUAUUGAUCUAAAUGGGAAGAAGUAUGCGUGGCAGGGAGUUGCUCUACUCCCAUUCGUCGAUGAACAACGUCUUCUGGAGACUCUCAAAUCGGUGUAUCCAACGUUGACUGAUGAGGAAAAGUAUAGAAACACACGCGGUCCUAACCGUAUUUUCAUCGGAAGAAAUCACAAAUCCUUCGCUUUCUUCCAACAAGUCGCCGAAUCGAAAUCCAAUGAUCUCGUAGACUUAGAUCCAUCGCUUCUCAACGGAGUCAGCGGAAAGAUCUCCUACGAUUCGACGGCCACUGCUCCAGGACUUCCAUUCCCAUCUCCAGUCAGCCACGAAGAGUGCCAAGACUUGCCGACGAACUGUGGAAUCUGCGUUCUCUACGAGGAUCCCGAAUACCCGGCCAACUACGUUUUCCCAGCUGUCCGUCUCGACGGUGCUAAGGAAGCCGAGAAGACGUUAAGACCAGAAGACUGGAAUGAGCGACGUGAUGGUCGUUUCAACCCAACGAUUGGAUUCAACCGGAAUGCUCCACGUGGCGGUCUUGAUCUGUCCGGUCAACGUCACAUCAAUCAUCAUGUCAGAGGUGCUAUGUACGAUCGUCAAGGUGGCAACGACAACUACAGAGGAGGUUAUCGUGGAGGGUAUCAAGGAGGAUAUGACGAUAGAAGAGGUGGAAGAGGAGGUGGUGGUUAUCGUGGGGGAUACAACGAUAGCAGGCCUGAUUUCGGUAGAAAUUAUGCAGGAAGAGAAGGCGGAGGUCCUCAACAUUAUCACGAGCACCAGCCCGGAGGUGGACACGGCAGACCACAUGACCAGCAGCCAUAUCAAGACAAUCGUCGUGGUGGUGGAUAUCACAGGGGAGGACGUGGAAAUGGACCUACAGGAUACCAACGACCACCGUAUCGUGGAGGUCGCGGAAGAGGCGGAGGAGGAUAUCAAGGCAACUCUUCAUGGAGAUAA